AUGUGUCAAUAUGAAAUGACUUAUUAUCAUCGAAAUCAUUCAUCUUUAGUUGAAAUUAUUCAUGAUUAUUAUCGUACAUAUGAAUAUAAUUCUACUAAGUUUACCUGUUACACUCAUUUACCAUGUAAUCGUGGUCCUUUUCCAGCAUGUUUAGAUUGCAGUGAAAUUUUUAAUGGACAGGAUGAUUGUCUUAAUGAUGAAUUUGAUGAAGAACAUUGUUGA